UCGUCAUUCUAUCUAUAUCUGUUUAAUCUCUCAGAUCGGAGUUUGGGAGAUUCAAGCGCUCAAGAAAAACCCGAACUUUUUUGUCUCUCUAGCUUUCGUCUUCAUCAGCUCAGCUCCAGGCAAUCAUGGCAGGAUUGGCACCAGAGGGUUCACAGUUCGAUGCACGUCAAUUUGACCAGAAGUUGAAUGAUUUGAUUGAGGGUGGUGAUGAGUUCUUCACGUCUUAUGACGAAGUUUACGAAAGCUUUGACUCCAUGGGUUUGCAAGAAAAUCUUCUCAGGGGUAUCUACGCAUAUGGUUUCGAGAAGCCUUCUGCGAUUCAGCAAAGAGGGAUCGUCCCUUUCUGCAAGGGGCUUGAUGUGAUUCAGCAGGCCCAGUCGGGUACAGGGAAAACCGCAACUUUCUGCUCUGGAAUUUUGCAGCAACUUGACUACAGCCUUGUCCAAUGCCAGGCUCUGGUUUUGGCUCCUACCAGGGAGCUUGCCCAGCAGAUUGAGAAAGUCAUGAGGGCCCUUGGUGAUUACCUCGGUGUCAAGGUUCAUGCAUGUGUUGGUGGUACUAGUGUCCGUGAGGACCAACGUAUUCUCCAGGCUGGUGUCCAUGUCGUCGUUGGAACACCUGGUCGUGUCUUUGACAUGUUACGCAGGCAAUCCCUCCGCCCUGACCACAUCAAGAUGUUUGUCCUUGACGAGGCUGAUGAGAUGCUCUCCCGAGGUUUCAAAGACCAGAUCUAUGACAUCUUCCAGCUUCUCCCACCCAAGAUCCAGGUCGGCGUGUUUUCAGCCACAAUGCCACCAGAAGCACUCGAGAUCACAAGGAAGUUCAUGAACAAACCUGUGAGGAUCUUGGUGAAGCGUGACGAGCUCACCCUUGAGGGUAUCAAGCAGUUUUACGUCAAUGUUGAGAAGGAAGAGUGGAAGCUCGAAACGCUCUGCGAUCUUUACGAGACUCUCGCCAUUACCCAGAGUGUCAUCUUUGUGAAUACCCGGCGCAAAGUGGACUGGCUAACCGACAAGAUGAGAAGCCGUGACCACACGGUCUCGGCCACUCACGGUGACAUGGACCAGAACACCCGAGACAUCAUCAUGCGGGAGUUCAGGUCGGGAUCUUCCCGUGUUCUGAUAACGACCGAUCUCUUGGCCCGAGGUAUCGAUGUACAGCAAGUCUCACUGGUCAUAAACUUCGACCUCCCGACCCAGCCGGAGAAUUACCUCCACCGUAUCGGAAGAAGUGGAAGGUUCGGGAGAAAGGGUGUGGCCAUAAACUUUGUGACUCGGGACGAUGAGAGAAUGCUUUAUGAUAUCCAGAAAUUCUACAACGUUGUCGUGGAGGAGCUUCCCUCGAACGUUGCCGAUCUUCUGUGAGAGAGAGAGAGUUGCCUGGAGAAGAAGGUUGCUUGCUUCGCAAGGUUCUGUUUGAUUUUGACCCUACUCUCAAGCGGUUCUCUUUUUCUUAUUUUAUUAUAAAAUCUAGUUAAAAUUUUAUUUAAAUUUUGUAGUUUUUUUCCGGGAAGUCGGUCUUAUAAAAAGAAUAUUUGGUGUUUCCCCCUAAGAUCAUAUCACUCUUGGUCAUCCGUCAAAUGAUUCAUAUCUGGUGUUUUUUUA